AUGCCCCGAAACAGCAGACAGCAACCCCCGAUGGCGCCGAACCUGACUCGCCGCCAGCCGAAGGUCCCCCGGCCCAAGGACGCGUCCGAAGACGAUCUUGAGCAAUGGUACAAGAGAGAAACUGCAUUCAAGAAAUUGUACGACGCGGUUUCAGAACUGAUAGUCCAAGAAGCUCGUGUGGUUGCUUGCACGAACAAUCUAGCGGGCACCGACCUUGUCAGACGAAACUUCGGUGCCAAUGGGAAAUACAUCAUCAUUAUCGCAGAUGAGGAUGGCCAAGCCGCUGAGUCUGACGCCAUUAUCCCUCUAGUGUCUCUCGAUAACGCAAACAAGGUUGUUGGAAUGAUUAGAGGAGGAGAUCGGCAUCAGCUCCCACCUUUGGUUAUAACAUUAACUGAAUCUCCUGGAUACAAUGAGUUCGGUGCUCAAAUCGGAAGAUCAUUCUUCGAUAGACUCCGCUGUGCGAGAUUUCCAGUGGUCAUUGUAUCACAACAACACCGCAUGCAUCCUCGUCUUUCCAAGUUCCCUUCUGACUUCACAUAUGAGGGCAGGAUGACAAAUGAUCCAUCCGUGAAAUCAAUUACACUGAGUCCAAUGUUUUCCCAGAAUCUUCUCGAAUGGCUCAAGUCCAAAGCCAACGAUGUCGAAUUCAGAAAUGGGUUGGAGCUUGUCGGGCUUGACGUGAGCGAUGGCGAGAUUGAGAUCAAUCAAACCACAUUCUCCAGAUCGAACAAGCGGAAUAUUGAAGUGGUCAUGAACUUGAUUGAACACCUGAUCUCCAACAGCGCCCUCAACGGGAUGUCCUGUUGUAUUCGGCCUACGUAUGCCGAUCAAAAGAAAGCAUAUGUAGAGGCGAUGAUCGCUCUGUCUAAGAAGCUUGGAAUCGCCUGGGAGGUUAUGGUUUCCGUUUGUACGGUCGACUCAAUGCAGGGAAACCAAGCCGAUAUUGUCAUCGUCGACUGGGUCAUUACUUCUGGGGAGUCGAGGGACUUGGGCUUCGGCUCCAAUAAUCGCCGCACCAAUGUUGCGUUAACCCGCGCGCGAGCCUGCCUCAUCGUUGUCGCGAAUGGGCAAAUUAUCAACAACGAUAGACUCGACGGCGAUGAGACCAAGGCCAAGGUGCCCCCGGAGAUACUUGCCCAUUGGAAGCACUUGUUGGACAAUGACCUCAUUGUCCCGUGCCCUCGUGCUCUGCCCGACAAUUCCCCCUGGAGUCGUCGAUGA